UACAGGAAUGAUUAGGCUACGUUUAUAAAUGCAUGUAUAUAAACCGAAUUCCAUGAUACUUAGAGGACUAGUUCCUGAAUCGCAGAGGUCUUCACAAGGGGUAACCGUUGCUGCUUACUGAGAACUUCACCACAAUAAAGAUAUACAAAUCAAGGAUAAUGAUUCAGACGGUUUCAGCAUGGACUUGGGUGGUGACCCUGUCAGCACUAUUCGGAUUCCGAACAGUCCACGGGUUUCAGAUGACAGACAUGCGCACACAAGUUCAACAGACUGACAAUCUCCAGCAAUCGACCAUGACACCCGCAUACGCCCUAGUCAACGAGGUUGUGCGGUUAUUAGACACCAACAACGAUGGUGAGGUCGCUUUGUCCGAAUUUGGUGCUCGUCUCGAUACCCGAUUCCGGUCUGAUUCAGUGAUAAAAGGCUAUCUGCUGACGGUGGCCAGUAUAAUCGAUGUGGACGAAAAUGGACAGAUUAACAGAAACGAAUUACAUCGAGCCAUUUCAAAGCUGAUGAGCCUGGCUGGAUUACAACAGAUUGGUAGAGGGUUUGAGAUUCUUUAUUCCUUUCACGGGUUUAGGAAUACGGCCGCUUUGAUCGAAUACAUUGCGCUUGAUUUUGCGAACGUUCUUGACAGCGAUGAUGACGGGUUGGUAAGUGUAGAUGAGAUUCGCGCUCUGGUAAGCAGGCCUAAAACUCUGGGAUUCGACGAGGGAUUCGGCGAAAUCGCCACAAACUCGGACACGAACAGGGACGGCUACCUAAACCUUACAGAGGCACGACAAUUUCUCUACACGUUGGCCAGUGAUAACCUCUGGAUACUCAGGCAUAUCUAUGUCUACUUCCGGGUCAGCAACUUGGCGGGAAAAUUGGCGGCCGAUGCUUGGUCCUAUACAGGCCAUUGAUUCGCGAGUGGCGAGAAACACGCAAGCACAUUACCAGUUAUAGGCCGUCAGGCAUACAGAUGUGUGGUGUUCGCCUGAUUCGAUUAUUGGAAAUAAACUAAAAAGAAGACUACAGUUCCAUUAUUAACUUGUGCAAGUCGUUAUCAACAUUUCCAAAUUCGAUUAUGGUGACCAGUAUGUAUUCAGUAUAGAACAUGUGACUGAUAGAGAAUAAAUGUGUUGCACAUUC